CAUCAGGUGGUAUGUGUUUUUUGAACAAGGAAUGGUAUAAUGAUAAGUCCUCUGGGUUACUUCGUGAUUUGUGGAAAUCACUUGAUCUUGUUUAUGUAGGGUUAACAGAAAUCUUUAGACAGAACGAUCCCGAAUUUAAACAUCAUUGCAUCAACUUGCGAUAUGGAUUUUUAAACAAGGAUACAUUUCAGUAUCUAAAAAAAUGUAAUUAUUUAGAGGAUGAUGCA